UUGUCUAUCCUUGUCUACCCUCGUCUGCCCAUCCAUCCUUGUCUGGCCUCUCGUCCAUCAUCCAUCCAUCCCCUUUCACCCUUCCCUCAACAAUGCUCCAGCCCCCCCUCGAGACCGUCAACCUCGGGCCCCUCACCGUCCCUCGCAUCUGGAUCGGGCUCUGGCAAUUGUCAUCUCCUGCAUGGGGCACUGCCCCUGUGUCCAAAGUCAAGUCGGAGAUGAACCAGCACUAUCUUCAUGGAUUCACGACUUUUGCCGACCACUAUGGCUCUGCAGAGUUAAUCUUUGGCCAAUUUCGUCGAGCCUUGUUCAGACGCCCUUCAUUGCCAUUACAUCCACCGCUCUGCGCUACAAAAUGGUGCAUAUUCACGGAAUCUCACAUCCCAUACAGCCGUUCCCGAGUAGAGGAUGCUGUGCGUGAGCGUAUGCGCAGAACCAUGGGGGACACGAUUGACAUACUUCAAGUACACUGGCAACAUUAUGACAACCUGGACUAUCUCAAUGUGUUCCGAUACCUGGUUGAUAUUAAACGUGAUGGCAAGCUCAAAGUCAGGGCUUUAGGCCUUGUCAACUUUGACUCUCAUCAUGUCAACGAAAUCUGCGAAACUAUCGGUCCCGGUGAACUUCUUACUAAUCAAGUGCAGUUCUCUUUAAUCGAUGUCCGGCCGCUCUAUCGCAUGGCCAUUGUAUGUAAGAAACAUGGCGUUAAGCUCCUGACAUAUGGCACAUUGUGCGGUGGAUUCCUUUCUGAUUUCUGGUUAGGGAAGCCUCAACCAGACUCAUAUAAGGAUAAAAUAACGCCUUCUCAGCGGAAGUAUCUCGACGUCAUCAACGGAUGGGGAACAUGGGAUCUCUUUCAAACUUUGCUCACAAGCCUUCGAACGAUUGCAGAUCGCCAUGGGGGCUUGAGUAUCGCGAAUGUAGCUACUCGUUGGGUGCUGGAUCAUCCUUUUGUAGGGGCUGUUAUUGUUGGUGCCCGACUCGGAGUAGCCCAGCACUGUGAAGAUAAUGCCCAGACCAUCACGACUAGUUUCCAUCUGACGGCUGAAGACAAUCAAAUCAUCUUGAACAUCUUAGCACAGUCCAAUGGUGGGAGGCUCAUCCACAUGAUGGGAGAUUGCGGUGCUGAGUACCGUUAAAGCCGAAAUUUGAACUCGGAGGAUCAACAUAUGGAUUUGAGUUUGAAACUUAAAUUUCAAAUAAUAAUUCUAGCCACUGAGACAUACAUAUAUCAUCAUUGAUUUCAU